AGAAAGAGUGUUUUGAUUUGAUUUGAAUUGAUAUUCGCAUAUUGUUUUUAAUUUUGUAAUUUAUUUGUGAAUGAUUAUUUCAGACUUGCCGAAUUUAAAAAUAAUCAAAAUCAAUGGCUUUUAAAUUUAAGAAAACAAAGAAGACAGCAGACUCUGACUUCGGUUUAAAAACAACUUUGGAUAACACGGCGCCACUAAACCAGAUUGUAAAGGACUUGUAUAAUCGGGAAUUCCAGGGCAGAGCAUACGGUUUAUAUUUCAAACUCCUCGGACAUAGGCGUAAUAAUAGAGUUUUUUAUAAAUUUUUAUACCACUCCACAUUGCCUGGACACCCUUUAAAUGCAUUCACAGAAAAUUUCGAUGGUGAUAUUGGACCUGAAUUUUUUGAGGAAUUCACGUACAAGAGUUUAAUGCCAAAAAUGAUAACAAAAUUACGCAAUGUAGAAAAAACGGAUCCAGUUACAGAACUAUUGAGGCAAAGAGCAGACUGGAGAAAGAAAAUACGUGCGGUAAGAAAUGUACAUCUGACGAAAUAUUCGAGAUUAAAAAUAGAGAAAUGCAAUGAAGAAGUUAUACAGUGCCCUAAGUAUAUUGUGGAACUAGCAGAAUUGUUGCAGCAAGAUCCCGACCCUAAUUUCAGAGACUGUUACAAUUGGUACUACAGUGGUAGUGGUAAUUUACAACUGGUGUCCAUUAAAUCUGUAGAGUUUUUGUUGCACAGUGAAUUCUGUAAUGUAUAUCUGUCCAGUUUCACAAGGAAUAAUUUAACAAUAGAUUUCCAGAACGCAGUGUCCUACAGUGUUGAUAAUGACAUAUUAGAGACUAUUUGCUCCACACAGAACAUAGUUGUAUUGAGAACAAAAUAUAAAGUAUUUAUAUUGCAAAUUGUUGAACAAGAGGAUAAACUAUUGUUUAAGAAACUCAGAUCAUUUCAGAAUGAGUUACCAUUUACUGGUAUCUCUUUUGAUAAAUAUCAUAAGAAUAUACUAUAUGCGACAACAUUAGACUGUAAGUUAUCUAUCAUUAAUAUUGACAGAAUGACUAAACGAAGUCUCGUAUUAAAAGAAAAUCCUACUCUGGAAGACAAUUUAAAUUAUGUUAUUGGAGCUGAACGUGGAUUUUUCAUGCACAUACAAAAAGAUUCAAUAUCUGCUUAUGACAAAAGAACAAAUAAAGCUGUCAAUACAUGGAGUGGUCUCAAGUCGAUUGUGGACGAAAUAACUUGUAAUGAGAUUAAAGCUGCUCUCCAGCCUGAAGAUAGCUAUGGGUUGUAUUUCACUACCCAACACCACCUAUUCCUUAUGGACACAAGAUUUUAUAAAGAAUCUAAAAUGAAAGCAAUACAAAGAUGGACCCACGGAAUGCAUUGUGUACCAACAUACAUUUCAAUUCAAAACGUAGAAUUUAACAAGGACUAUAUAUUUUUGAGCAGUCAGUGGUGUGAAGAUUUAUGCAUAGUCAGCAAUUACUCAGACAGACUUACAAGGUAUUCUGAUAUAAAUGGAUUGGCGAUACCAUACCGCCCACCGAGUAUUUUUAAUGUUUUGGAUGAUGCCCAACAGAAACUACUGUGCUGGGAUCUUCAGAACCCUAUCGUAAAAAGAUUACCUACGGCUAUAACGGGCAAGGUGGAGGUGCAACAAGGAAAUAAUUGGGUCAUAUUAAUGCAUAAUUCUUUGGGUGAUAUAUCAUCACAUGUUUUGUAUCCAACCUAUAUGGAGAAUCUCAUGGACGAUAAUGCAUUACAAAAUUUACAUGAAUGGUCCAAAGACUAUAAAUUUAAAAGAAAAAUUUUCGAGGUGACAGGAGUUCAUGAUAUUAGUCACAUUUGGAAGGAACUAAGGGAAGUUACAAAAGAGGAACUUGACACAUUUCUACACGCAGAUCAACCACCCCGCAGGAUAAUUGAUGAAAAGGAAAUUUAUAGUGCCUUUGAGAAGGAAGAACUAAUGCCGGAGCUACUAGAAGUUUGGAAAAAUGGUCCAAUAAACAAUGGAACAGCAGAUGAUUUACCAAAUAUUUUAAAUUCAAGUGAUAAGUUCAAUUACAACAUGCACGCCGUCAUUGACACAUUCCGCAUCAUAACAACAAUCUACAAAUAUAAUUUUAAACUUUUACAUUCCAAUUUUUGUUGA